AUUUUUUUUCUCCGCUCGAAGAGAAGAAAAUCCUUCGCAAAUCGACCCAACGGUCCCAUCCUUCUUACGUCACAGUAAAUCGGUUGUUGAAUAAUGGCGACGUUUGAGCUAUACAGGAGAUCGACGAUAGGGAUGUGUUUGACUGAGACUUUGGAUGAGAUGGUUCAGAGUGGUACCUUGAGCCCUGAGCUAGCUAUCCAAGUUCUUGUUCAGUUUGAUAAGUCCAUGACUGAAGCUCUGGAGAGCCAAGUUAAGACCAAGGUGUCUAUCAAGGGGCAUCUGCACACUUACAGGUUCUGCGACAACGUCUGGACCUUUAUAUUACAGGACGCAAUGUUCAAGAUAGACGACCGUCAAGAGAAUGUGAGCCGGGUCAAGAUAGUGGCAUGUGACUCUAAGCUGCUCACACAGUGAGAUGUAAUAGAUUUUUUUUUGAGUUUUCCUUUUAACUUUGUAAACUCAGCACUUGCUAUAUGUUGAGCUCCAUUUGCAGCCAGCAAUUUAGCCGCCCCCUUAUAUGUACAUUAUCGGCCCAAAGACAUAUGGGACUCUGUUGCUAUGAGAAAGUUCUUUCACCAUCUCUCUAUCUGUAUUGCACUUCUCCAUGUCAACUAUUCCCUUUCUCUGUUACACUUAAGUGUUCAACUCAUCUCUUGCUUAUCAUCCAGUCAAUGUGAAAAGCUGUCUUCUUUUGA